AUGGAUCUGAAUUCUUUUGCAAGGAGGCGAUCAUCACCGUCGAACGACACAGAUCAACAGCUAGCUGAAAGCUCAAAAAUGCAAGUCAAGAGAUUUGGAUCCCAUGCCACGAGGCUCACCAAGAUCUUUGCUUACUGCUUGGUACUUUUGCCAAUGAUAUUCGCAACGUCGUUGAUCUUUAGACACUGGUCGUCUGAUCGAACGAUGGGUUUCGCGGAUGCUAGAGCUCUUGAAAACGAGGGAGCCAAACUGAAUGUCACGCCAAUUGGAGGAGCAGGAGGUGAGCUCGGAGGAUGCUUUUUUCAGCCUGCUGACAACUUCAAUGACAAACUGCUUGGAGGGCUUCUUGCAUCUGGUCUUGAUGAAGCUGCUUGUGUGAGUAGGUACACUUCGUUUUUAUAUCGCAAGAUUUCUCCCCAUAAGCCUUCAUCAUAUCUCAUUUCUAGACUCAGAAGCUAUGAGGAUCUUCAUAAACGCUGUGGACCAAAUACUCUAUCCUACAAUAAAGCCCUUGAACAACUCAAGUCUGGCAACAAAAGAGGUUCGACAGACUGUAAUUAUAUUGUGUGGAUAUCUUUUAGUGGCUUGGGCAAUAGGAUACUAUCCCUAGCUUCAACAUUUCUUUAUGCUCUCCUGACAAAUAGAGUCCUGCUUGUUGACCAAGGAAAGGACAUGGUGGACCUCUUCUGCGAGCCGUUUCCUGAUAAAUCUUGGUUGCUGCCUAGGAACUUUCCUCUCAUUGAUCAGUUUGAUAAAUUUCAUCAGAAUUCUCCUUAUUGUCAUGGGAACAUGCUAAAGAAUAAUGUUAUAAACUCUUCAGCAAAAUCAAUACCAUCGUAUCUAUACCUCCAUUUAGUUCAUGAUUAUGGCGAUCAUGAUAAGCUUUUCUUCUGUGAUGGGGAUCAGUCUUUUCUUGAAAAAGUCCCCUGGUUGAUUAUGAAAACAGAUAACUACUUUGUCCCAUCUCUUGUCUUGAUUCCAUCGUUUGAGAAAGAACUGUUCAAGCUAUUUCCUGAGAAAGAAACUAUUUUCCACCAUAUAGGCCGAUACCUUUUCCACCCUUCAAAUCAAGUGUGGGGACUAAUAACAAGGUAUUAUCGAAUUUACUUAGCCAAGGCUGAUGAGAGAAUUGGCAUUCAGAUACGAAUUUUUGAUACUAGACGUGGUCCCUUUAAGCAUGUGAUGGAUCAAAUUUUAGCCUGUACUUUGAAGGAGAAGUUAUUGCCUGCUGUAGACAUGCAAGACUCUGUUGUCAAUCCAUCUGAAAAUGCCAAAUUGAAGGCGGUUUUGGUGACAUCCUUACUCUCAGGGUAUUCUGAGGAUUUAAGCAACAUGUAUUGGGAACAUCCAACCAUGACCGGGGAAGUCAUUGGAGUCUUCCAGCCUAGCCAUGAGGAGUUUCAACAAACAGAAAAGGAGAUGCACAACAGAAAAGCCUGGGCAGAAAUGUACCUUCUCAGUUUGACUGAUGCCUUGGUCACAAGUGCAUGGUCAACCUUUGGCUAUGUGGCUCAAGGUCUUGGAGGUUUGAGGCCAUGGAUCCUUUAUAAGACUGAAAACGACACAACCCCUGAUCCUCCUUGUGGCCGGGCCAUGUCGAUGGAACCUUGUUUUCAUGCUCCUCCCUUUUAUGACUGCAAGGCUAAGAAAGGAAUCGAUACUGGUAUACUUGUUCCCCAUGUGAGACACUGUGAGGAUAUUAGCUGGGGUCUGAAGGUGGUUCAUGGUGGUGAUGACUUAUAUAGUGAAGUGCCUGGUGACAAGGUGAGAAUGUUUGCACCUCCAGCUACAUUUCCUCGAUCUAGUGGAAAAGUAGAGACGAUCAAACUCCCAGAGGAUCCUUGUAUAAAGAAGUUCUUCCACAAACAUCCUGAAUCGAAAAGCGAAGAUGCCAUCAAGAUUUCUGGUUUUGAGCCACCUCCAGCUCGCAUUUUUGGUUUGCGUGUACUUGAGCUGAAGGAUCAGGGAGUUAGUGAGGAAGAAGCUAUGGCUGUAGCUGAUAUGGAAUAUCGAAUGGAGGUGAAAGCUAAAAAGAAGGCAUAUGCUCGAUUGAAACAAAUCGCUAAACUUCAGGGGAGAAGGCCUCCUCCCAACCCAUAUCCCAGUGCCAUUAAGGAGAUCCAAGCAGAGGAGAAGAAGUAUUUCCGGGCCCGUUUUUCCGAUCCCAAGAUACUUGCAAUAGCGGAAAAGAUGAAAGAGGAGCAGGCAAUUAAGUCACGAGAAAGACUCAGAGUCCUGAGUUCUGAUGGGGAUUAUAUGGAUGGGAGAUUAGUGUCAGAUUCUACUUUGUCUACUAACAUGUUCUAUUAUGAUGUUUUUGCUAUGGUAGCUUGUCCAGAGUGA